UUCUCCAAGGAGAGGUACCUGCUGGAGUCUGCACCAGAGAAACUACACACGGAGCUGGGAGGAGGAGCUGAAAACUCCCCAGCAGCGAUAUCAGGAGCCAUGGCUGGUACCAUGGACACAUCCCACGAGAGAGCGUCGGGAGACGGUGGUGCGCGAAACGGUGACUUCCUGAUCCGUGAUUCGCUGAUAAACGUGGGCGACUAUGUCCUGACGACCAGGUGGAACUAUGAGGUUCUGCACUUCAAGAUCACCAAGGUCCUGGUCAGGUCCAGCACUGAGUCUAAGGUCCAGUACCUGUUAGAGAAAGACAGUUUCGACUCCAUACCUGAGCUGAUGAGGUACUACGUGGCCGGACGGCGACCUGUCUCCCAGCCCAGCGGAGCCCUGAUCUACUGUCCAAUCAUACGCACCCUCCCCUUGCGUUACCUGGAAGCAACGUUUGCCUUAGCCAAUAGCAGACAUGGCCUAGCCCACUCACCAUCCAGUCAGAAAGGAGCGUACAUUAAGAGGCGGAGCGUGACCAUGAACGACGGAUUGACCACGGACAAGCUGAUUCCUCACAGUGACGUGGAGUCCAUCAGUCCAGGGGAACCACCAGUUCCCCCAGUCCAAGUACCUGCAUCAAUACCAGUAGCAGUACCAGUUGUUCCAAAGCCAGAAGUGGAGGCUGCUGUCGUGGGGUGCAGGUGGUGUGUGUGAACCCGUUUGGGUCAGAACACUGGUGUCAUAACAGAGCAUUGACCCCUUCUCAC